GUAGGAACUGCAGUCUCAAAAUGAGCUUCGAGAUCCGUUACGCCACAGAGUCCGAUGCCCCCAGUCUGGCUGAGAUCAAUAUCGCUAGCUUCUCUCACCAACCUUUGUGGAGCAACGUUUCCCCUUCGCUGGAAGCGUCUGUGGUGUUUCCGUACAAACUGGCACGGUGCCUGGAGAGAAUCAGACAUAGCGAUGCCCACAUACUGGUUGCAGUCGAUGUCAGCCAGCCGUCAGAGAAAGUAGUGGGAUACGCAUCAUGGUCUGUUCCGUCGGUCUUGCCCCUUCCACAAUCUCAUCGCCGACGGAUUGAAUUGGGUGAGGGUGGAACAGCAACUACUGAGAGUAUUGAGCAGCUCAGGCCCGAGGGCAUGCAGUGCGGGAUUUAUGAGAAUAUCAUAAACAUGCUAAAGGAGGAGAUGGGUCGGUGUGCCGGACCAACAGAUAUAACAUUGGAUUAUCUUGCCACCCUUCCUGAGUACCAGGGACAAGGAGUAGGAUCAUCUCUUUUGCGGUGGGGUAUCAAAUUGGUGCAAGAGCUGAAGCAACGGAUUCUCCUCGUGGCUACUACAGAUGGAUACCCGCUCUAUUCCAAGUUGGGAUGGCGGGUUUUGAGGGAGAUAGUCGUUGACUACAGAGAACUAGGUGGGCAUGGCGAACAGAUAUUCACUUUGAUGGUAUGGGACUACUGCUGCGCGACGGAGCUGAGCUGA